AUGGCGGCUCGGGAAGAGGGGGGUGGGGUCGGGCCGAGCGGGAUUUCGAGCGCGGAGUCGCCGUCGGGGAUGGUGGAUUCGUGUCCCGUCCUGGAAACUGGGCCGGGUCACCUCAGACCCUACAGGACGGUGUGUGGGGUCAACGGGCCACUCGUGGUGCUGGACAAUGUGAAGUUCGCCCAGUACGCCGAGAUCGUGAACUUCACGCUGCCCAACGGCAGCACCCGCAGCGGGCAGGUGCUGGAGGUGAUGGGCUCCAAAGCCAUCGUCCAGGUGUUUGAGGGGACAUCUGGGAUCGACGCCAAGCAAACCUCCUGCGAGUUCACGGGGGACAUCCUGCGCACCCCCGUGUCCGAGGACAUGCUGGGUCGGGUGUUCAACGGCUCCGCCAAACCCAUCGACAGCGGCCCCCCGGUGAUGGCCGAGGACUUCCUGGACAUCAACGGCCAGCCCAUCAACCCCCACGGGCGCAUCUACCCCGAGGAGAUGAUCCAGACGGGGAUCUCGCCCAUCGACGUCAUGAACAGCAUCGCCCGCGGGCAGAAGAUCCCCAUCUUCUCUGCUGCCGGGCUCCCCCACAACGAGAUCGCGGCGCAGAUCUGCCGCCAGGCCGGGCUGGUGAAGAAAUCCAAGGAUGUGGUGGAUUACCACGAGGACAACUUCGCCAUCGUCUUCGCCGCCAUGGGGGUGAACAUGGAGACCGCCCGCUUCUUCAAGUCGGACUUUGAGGAGAACGGCUCCAUGGAGAACGUGUGCCUGUUCCUCAACCUGGCCAACGACCCCACGUGAGACACUCCCCUGGCUCCGG